ACAAAACGUCAACAAAGUACAAUGAAGAACAACUACAUAUGUAUGCCACACUCAAAGCGCAUAAAUACAACCAGUGGAAUGUCAACACAAUAGACUACAAAAAGUUUGAGGCAUUUUCGAAGUUUUGAAUAUAUUAAACUCAGCCAAGGUUGCAAAAACAAGUGGAAUAUCAAAAAUAAACAAAUAAAUAGAAUAAACACCGGGGGGAAAUCAGAACAUCAAUAUAAAUACAUACAUAGGUGGACAAACACACCCAACCAAUCAUGUCAGCUAGAAGUCAUCCACAAAUGGCACCACCGCCACCACCUCCCAAAUCAAACAAAUCCGUCACCGCCAAUGGUACCACACCAUACGAAACGUAUGCAGCAAAUGGCAACGGCACAUUCGCGAAUGCCAACGGAAAUGGUAAUGGCAGCGCUACUGGCAGUCGCAGUGGCAGCAUAUCCUCGUUGACAGACAACAAUCAGGGUAGUCUGCUGCGCCACAAUCAGAACGUCAAUGGCCGUAGGUCGUGUCACACGCCACCGCGCACUGAUCAAGAGCAAGUCGUAAUGACGCCCAAAGGCAAAACAGCCAAUAGUACUGUUAUACUGAUCGAACGCAAAUUGGUCGAUGAGAUAAAUGAGCGGGUCCAUGUUGCUGGUGGAGAUCAUACAGGCAUCAUAAUCAAUAAGGAUACAGUUAGCGGACAGAAAAGUCAAAGUAUACCAGCACAGCUGUCGUUGGAGUUUCGUGUUUUCCUCGUGAGUGCCAAUACAGGCAAACAUUCACAAGAAUCACGAACGCUGCGUUUCUGGUUCCGGCAAUGGUUGCGCAACGACGAGAAGCAGGCACAAAUUGCACAGGACUUCUUCAAGGAGUUGGUCAGUCCGAAAGAUUUUCCAAGAGAUUAUGUUGGUUUCAUUAAAAAAAUUAUGAAACUGAUGCAGCGCGGCUACGAUGAGAUACAGUCAUUGGAAAUCGAAUUGCGCAUAUUGGAGGAAACGGCAGAGCCACCAUCACGACCGCGUAAGUAACUAAUCAUUAUGGCACAAGAAAUUUUACCUUUUUUGGAGUUUAUUUAAACCACGAAAUUUUUAUACCCAAUGCAAUUAAUAGUUAAUUAUGAGGGCGCUAAAAUUUUGUUCAUGUCUAGGUUUUUCGCAGCAAUUAAAGCACGAGAUCUAAAGGGGAUAAUUUCUGCAUGACCCAGAGAGCGCGUUUAC